AUGUACCUCCGCGCCGUUCACGCUGAGGCAGAUAUUGCGAAGCUACAUCAAUUCAUCCGCGCAAACCCAUUAGGCAUCUUCACCACAGCCAUCGAGUCCAAAUCAUUUCCCUUCCUCCAAUCAAGCCACAUCCCCUGGGUCCUAGACACCGAAGAACCCAAAGCCGACUCGACCCAUCUCGGCGUCCUCCGCGGCCACAUCGCCCGAGCCAACCCCCAAGCCAAAGUCCUAAUCGAACACCUCAAAUCGCAAACCAACUCCGACACAGACCAGCCAGUUCAGAUCCUCUCCCGCGACAUCAUGAUCAUCUUCAACGGCCCAGCGCACCACUACGUCACGCCCAAAUUCUACACAGAAACCAAGCCCGCGACCGGAAAAGUAGUGCCCACGUGGAACUACUCCGCCGUCCAAGUCUACGGUCGAGCCACCAUCUUCCACGACACAAAAGACCCUUCCACAGGCACUUUCCUCGACAAACAGAUCCGAGAUCUGUCGCUGCAGUCCGAGAAAGGGAUUAUGGGGUACGAAGAGAAGCCGUGGCAGGUUGACGAUGCGCCGUCGAGUUAUAUUGAGAUAUUGAAGAAGGCGAUUAUUGGAGUGCAGAUUGAGAUAAUGGAUUUGGGGGGCAAGUGGAAGAUGAGUCAGGAGAUGGGGGUGGGGGAUCAGAAGGGUGUGGUUGAGGGGUUCAAGAAGAUGGGGUCGGAUUUGGGAGAUGAGAUUGCGAGGACGGUUGAGGAGAGGGGGAAGGUGGGAGGUGACUCUUAG